AUGAAAGAACCAACCCCCCAGGACCUCACAACCCUCGCCCACACCCUAGCCCACGACAACCAUGCCCUCCGCACCCGCAUGCAAUCCUUCGCAGCCUCUGACCCAAUCUUCAUCCCCCGCUACGACCUCCCCCUCCCCGUCACCCGAGAACUAGCCCACCAACGUCUCCAUCGCCUCGCCUCCCAAAACUUUCUCUCUGUCUUUGACUUUGAAACGGACCCGCUGAAGAUCUUUGCGGCGCACGAGAUGGCGGGGAUCAUGGACCAGUCAAUGGCGACAAAGAUGACGGCAGCGGUGGAUGCGACAUGGGCAGUAGUGUUCGCACAAACGUUCGUCAAUAACAAAAACGAAGGCGUCCACGCCAUCCUCGUCCGAAUUCGUGAAUCUGACUCUCACCGCACAGUCUCCAAGGGCGUCACUAUCCAGGACAUGGGUGUCAAAAUGGGCUGUAAUGGGGUCGAUAACGGGAAACUCUUCUUUGACCAUGUCCGUGUUCCUGCCGAGAAUCUUUUGAACCGGUAUUCGAAUGUCGACCGCCGCACGGGGCAGUUCUCAUCCUCUAUUUCCAGUCGACGCGGUCGGUUCCUGAAGGUGGCAGACCAAUUAUUAUCAGGACGCCUGGCGAUCUCGUCGCUUUGUCUGGGUGGGACAAAAGUGUGUCUGACUAUCGCAUUCAGAUACGCACACAGUCGACUCUGUGUAGGACCCGAGGGAAAAUCAGACACGCCGAUUAUGGUCUACCAACUCCAACAACGGGCCCUCUUGCCGCUUUUCGCCCAGACGGUCUGUCUUAACUUUGGACUCAAUUACUGUAAACGACGGUGGUCGGCCUUGUCUCUUCGUGCACACCAACAAUACCAACAGGAGCAGGAAUCAGGAUACAAGGCGAAGAACAAGGACGAUCAUGAUGAGGAGGCGGAGGAGGUGGUCCGACUCUGCUGUGUGAUCAAGCCCCUGAUCACCUGGAACGCCGAACGGAUCGCAACCACCUGUCGGGAACGCUGUGGCGGGCAAGGGUACCUGUCUGUGAACCGGUUCGGGGACAUGAUCGGAUACGCCCAUGCAGGGAUGACGGCCGAAGGUGACAACAGUGUUCUGAUGCAAAAGGUCGCCAAGGAGCAAUUGGCGCUGUUACAGAGACAGCACAAGUCAAAGGGUGAGACUUUGGAGCAGUGGUUCAUGAAACUCAGAAGAAUGACUCUUGAUAUCGAAUCGUUGGAAGGGUUGCUCGCUCUUCUCCGUCUACGCGAAGCUGGAGUCUUUUAUGAGCUUGGCUCGACGCUCGAGUCGAAGCUGGCAAAGGGCAAGCCGCUGUUCCAAGUUUGGAUGGGCGAGGAAUCCGAUACUAUCCAAUCUGCGGCCAAGGCCUUUGGCGAACGAGUGUGUUUUGAGCAGACUCUCGAUAUCAUCCACACCCUCGACCACGAUCCAAGGACGAUCUUGGAAACACUGCUACGACUUUGGGGAUUGACUCUAGUAGAGACCUACCUGUCAUGGUUCCUCACCCGCCAACUGAUGACCCUUCAGACAGGACUACUCGUCCCUCUGCGUGCUCGGGAGGCAGUGGCGUCAAUUGGCGAGCACAGUCUUACACUGUGCGGGAUCUUGGGCGUCGACGAGCGGCUUUUAUUCGCACCGAUCGCUGGCGACUUGGGAGGCUGGGAGGAGUACAACCGUUCCGACAACCAUGGCGAACUGCUAGAGAAGAGUCUACUCGAUAAAGCAGGAUUCAAACCACACAACGCAUUCGGACGCUCCAAGUUGUAA